AUGGAUGAAGCGCCAGUUAUGGAGCACCUCUCUUAUGGAAAAGUUCUAGAUGAAUUGCAAACUGCAGAUGAUGUAAUUCAGGAGGAUAAUUUAGAAACGAUAUCUAAUGUUACUGUGGCUGCCGCCGAUCCAUUUAAUCAGCAUGAUUAUUCGGUAGAUUUCCAAAUGGAAUCAAUGACGCUCAAUGCUGAUUAUCCGAUGAAACCAGAAAGGAGGGCUUCUCUGGAUGGAUACAACGAAAAUACGACGGAGGUACUUACAGAAAAUACCAUGCCGGGACCAGAAAAUUGGGAGCAAAAAGAUUACGAUCAGAAUGUUUUUUCCAUGGAAGAGAGACUCUGGAAAAAAUACUCGCCUGCCCAGGAACCGCUUGUUUCUGACGAUCGAGCCAAAGAAAUGCACAGUGUCCGAGAGGAGUUGAAGGAUGAUAUUGCUCCAAGAAUCCAUAAAUCACCAUUACAGGAUGAUAAACAAAGCAGACGCGAUUUCAUGUCAUAUGACUACGACAAAUUCAAUAGCAACUUUGCUAACAAUAGCUUUGUCAGCAGUGAUAAUGCCAGCGAAUUUAAUCUUAACUACGCUGAUAAUAAUAAUGAUAACACUGCUAAUAAUAUUUUGACCAAACCAAGGAAUGAUGACCUACCAACCACCUUAUCGCAAGGUAACAAGAUGUCAAAUGAUGUCCAGUUUAGUUCGUUGGCAAAACAAGCCAAUGGUUUUGAAUUAAUUAGUCACAAUGAUUCAAUUACAACCGAGACAAAUGACUGUCGAAAUGACAGUGGGAAUAAUUUGAAGAAUGCUCCAACUAAAGAACAAUCAUCAGAAGAUUCAUUAAGAAAACUGGAUGAUGUCAGGAAAAUCUCGGACAGGCUAGAAGCAUUCAGUUUCGAGUAUCCUCCUGGAAAGUUUGCGGCCAAAAAUUGA